AUGAGUGGAUCAACAAGACCGAUGCUUUCUUGGAGCAGGCGUUUGGCGAAGCUGCUAAAGGAGCGAGUAGAAUUUUCUGUCCAUGCAACAAAUGUGCAAACAGGAAAAGACAGACGAAGAAGGUCAUGGGGGAACAUCCUUGGGCAGAAGGUCUCCAAAACGGAAGCAAGAACCAUGUCUUUGACUGAGGAGCAGUACUUGCAGAUGACUCCUUAUUGGUGCCUCGGGCAUCAAGAGUGCUGGCAACAGAUGGUGCACAAGUGGUGCUCGGAUGAGUGGGAGGAGUCGCACCACGCUUGUCGGGAGCGGCGUUUGAUGAUGCCAGGUGCACCACACCAUCAAGGCAGUCGCAGCCUCAGCGGAUACGCCGAAGCAUGGUCGUCGUCACAUGGUGGCCAGCCUUGCUCCCUCUUUCAGGCAUAUGCUAUGUCCCACAAGGGCAAGGCGACGUCUGACGUCAAAUACAACCCGGAGGACGGGUCCGAGGCAUACAGCAACCCGAUGGCCCACGCCCGCCUCAGUGCGUACUCAGCGAUGGCAAGGGAUGUGCAUGGUCCAGAGUUUGAUCCGGCCACCGAGGACCUUGAUGGAGAAGUUGUUAUGAGGGUUGGAGGAGGUAAGCAUCAUGGGCGGUAUUGGCUUGCCGACGGCGCAAUUGACUCGUCCGCUACUCCUAGUCUAUCUUAG